AUGUCACUGCUUGGAAGGGACUUCCACAGCUCCUUGGAUGAUGUGUCCAAGUCACUUUUGGAGAGGAACAGCAAUGUCACUGCAGAGAACGUCCAUCCUGCUGAGGAAGCCAGCGGCUUAUCGAGAAUGCAAACUUUGAUCCAUUUACUGAAAUGCAACAUUGGCACAGGAUUCCUGGGGCUUCCCCUGGCCAUGAAAAAUGCCGGCUUAUUGGUGGGUCCCAUCAGCCUGCUGGGCAUUGGGGUCCUCACCGUGCACUGCAUGGUCAUCCUGUUGAACUGCGCCCAUCACCUCAGUCAGAGAUGGCAAAAGACUUUUGUGAACUAUGGAGAGGCCAUGAUGUACAGCCUAGAAACCUGCCCAAACGCCUGGCUGAGGACCCACUCGGCGUGGGGCAGGUACACUGUCAGCUUCUUACUAAUCACCACCCAACUGGGAUUCUGCAGUGUUUAUUUUAUGUUUAUGGCAGACAAUUUACAACAGAUGGUUGAAGAAGCCCACAUGACGUCCAACAACUGCCAACCCAGGAAGUUCCUGGUGCUGGCCCCGAUCCUGGACAUCCGCUUCUACAUGCUGACAAUCCUGCCCUUCCUGAUGCUGUUGGUGUUUAUCCAGAACCUCAAGCUGCUGUCCAUCUUCUCAUCGCUGGCCAACAUCACCACGCUGGGGAGCAUGGCUCUGAUCUUUGAGUAUAUCGUUCAGGAGAUUCCAGAUCCCAGCAACCUCCCCUUGAUGGCAAGCUGGAAGACCUUCCUGCUGUUCUUUGGUACAGCCAUCUUCACAUUUGAAGGUGUUGGUAUGGUCUUGCCUCUCAAAAAUCAGAUGAGGGAUCCACAGCAGUUUCCUUUUGUUCUGUACUUGGGGAUGUCCCUUGUCAUCACCCUCUACAUCUGCCUGGGGACACUGGGCUACAUGAAGUUUGGGUCAAGCACCCAAGCCACCAUCACCCUCAACUUGCCCAACUGCUGGCCGUACCAGUCGGUCAAGCUGCUCUACUCCAUUGGCAUCUUCUUCACUUACGCCCUCCAGUUCCACGUCCCGGCCGACAUCAUCCUCCCCUUCGCCGUCUCCCAGGUGUCAGAGAGGUGGACGCUGUUUGUAGACCUGUCUGUCCGCAUAGCCUUGGUCUGUCUGACCUGUGUCUCAGCCAUCCUCAUCCCCCGCCUGGACCUGGUCAUCUCCUUUGUGGGCUCCGUGAGCAGCAGCGCCCUGGCCCUCAUCAUCCCGCCCCUCCUGGAGCUCAUCACCUUUUAUCCUGAAGACAUGAGCUGUGUCACCAUUGCAAAGGACAUCAUGAUCAGCAUCCUGGGCCUUUUGGGGUGUGUAUUCGGGACAUACCAAGCCCUCUAUGAGUUGAUCCAACCCAUCGGCCAUUCCGUAGCCAACGCCACAGGAGAAAUGGACCUGACACAAGUCAGUACUCAUACCCCUCAGGGUAUGCCUUUUUUGGUUUGGGAUUGCUUCGGAGGUCUUUUGUACCUAUGA